AUGUAUUCUAAAUAGAAGGGGACACUCGAUGUCACUAAUUAAUAAGAACAGAUAGUUCCUCUCAAUAUUAGAAUGAUGAAAUAAAUUAAGGUUUCACCUUGUGAAAAAUAGGCUGUAUUAGAGAAAAUCACCAUUACUUAUAUUAAUCUAAUAACUCGUAAAUCUAAUUGUAUUCAAUAAUAAAAAAAGGGAACAAUUAUUAUUAAUGAUGACACAGGAUAUCUUGGUCUUAGCAUGAAUUUAAUAUAGGAAUUCGAUUAAAAUUUAUUUAAUAGAAUCCAUUCAGACCCUUCCAAUUUACACUACUAUAACUUUAUUUUGAAAACCAGAGUAUACAAACACGAGGUUUUCUUUGACAUAUAGACUAUACAACAAGUAAAUUAAUCGGCUAUGAUAACCUAUCAAAUCAUUAAAAUCCUUGCUUGGGCAAGAUUCUAAGAGGGAUAGAAAAUGCUGGUCCAUCAAAGAGCAGAAAAUGAGGAAGAUGAGUAAAUUCUAAUUGAAGUUACCAAUUUGAAUGAAGAUGUAAUAAAUAACAAUAUAAUUUAGAUUCUAACAUACUUGGGUUAAAAUUUAAAAUAAGGGAAAAGCUUAAAUGAAAUUGUAGAUCAUUUUAAGGCUUUGAAUAAUAUUGAACCCUAAGACGUCAAGUAAUUCUAUAAUGUAUAAAUAGAAAAUCUAUCACACUCUUAUUAAAAGAUGGUAAAAUAAAAAAUGAAGGGGAAAUAUACCAUCAAGUCAUCCAUUUAUGA